AUGCGGUUUGCGGAGAGCCAGCUACGGCGGCACGGCUGGCGGCGAGGGCAGGGGCUGGGGAAGCGGGAGGACGGCAUCGCCGAGGCCAUCCGGGUGAAGGUGAAGUGCGGCACGGCGGGGGUGGGACAUGACGCGGCAGAGCCCUUCUCCUUCCACUGGUGGGAUCACGUCUUCAACAAGGCGGCUGCCAACAUCGCUGUGGAGGCUGGGCAGGAUGGCAUCUCCUUGAAGACGCUUUCCGAGCAGGGAGUCAGAAUCAGCAAUAAGAAGCCCCGCAAGGCCAGCAGUGCUGGCAGCAUGCUGUAUGGCCGCUUUGUGAAGUCAGCCACACUCACAGCACGCGGGGAGGAGUCCACAAAGCUGCCCUCCGGCUCAGAGAGCAGCGAGGAGGAGAAGCUGGACCUCUCUUCGGCCAGGAGGCUGACGGACGAGGAGCUGAUGCGAGCGUGUGGGGGCCGCACAGCACACAAGGGUGCCCGUCAUGGCCUGACCAUGAGCGCUAAGCUGGCACGCCUGGAGGAGCAGGAGCAAGCCUUCCUGACCACAUACCAACACAAGGAGAGGCAGCAUGAGCCACCAGAGAGCAGCCACCCAGCAGAGAGGCUGGAAAAACAGGAAAAAAAGAAGAAAAAAAGGAAACAGACUAGGGAUGGAGCUGAUCCCGAAGUGGUGCAGGGCCAGGAGCCAAGCAGAGAAGAGGAGGCGGCGGGACAGGAAGGGAAGGUUGUGAAGAGGAAGAAGAAGAAGAAGAACCAGGAGCCAAGCAGAGAAAAGGAGGUGGAGCCCAGUGCCGUGGCCCAGCUGUGUGUUUGCUGCCUGGGGAUGCUGGGCUGGGACUAG